UCAUUCUAUUUUCUCCCUGGCUAGAACAGCUCUUUUCUUUGUUAAUCAAAUUGAACUAUAUUUUCUGUUUGGUCGUCUAGAAAAUUCUGACCAUGGAAGUGCCGAAAACUGACCCAUUGGCUCAAUUGUUCUUGCCUCCAGGAUUCCGGUUUUAUCCAACAGAUGAAGAGCUUUUAGUGCAGUAUUUAUGCAGGAAAGUUGCAGGGCAUCAUUUUUCUCCGCAAAUCAUUGGUGAAAUUGAUCUAUACAAAUUUGAUCCAUGGGUUUUACCAAGUAAGUUUAAUCAAAUCCAACAAAAUGUGUUAACCUCCCUCCUUUUGCUUGUUUACUCUGGCCAAUCAAAAUAUAUAUUAUUUUGCAUAGGUAAAGCUAUAUUUGGUGAAAAAGAAUGGUAUUUUUUUAGUCCGAGAGACCGGAAGUACCCGAACGGGUCACGACCAAACAGAGUUGCCGGUUCCGGCUACUGGAAAGCUACCGGAACUGAUAAAAUGAUCAUGACGGAUGGCCGGAAAGUUGGCUUAAAGAAAGCUCUAGUUUUUUACGUCGGAAAAGCACCUAAAGGGACCAAGACUAAUUGGAUCAUGCAUGAAUAUAGACUCUCGGAAACUUCCCGUAAAAAUGGUAGCUCCAAGUUGGAUGAUUGGGUUUUAUGCAGAAUAUACAAUAAGAAUUCAGGUGCUCAAAAAUCAUUGUCAACUGUUCCAAUCAAAGAGCAUAGCAACAAUGGCUCCACAUCCUCUUCUUCUUCCCAACUCGAGGACAUGCUUGAGUCGUUCCCCGAGUUAGACGAUCGUUUCUUUGCUCUGCCAUUAGUGAACUCGUUGAAAACGCUUCAGAAUGACCAAAAAACGGGGUUCCACAACCUGGAUUGGGCGAGUCUUGCAGCAGGGCUUCCGAGUUAUGGAGAUAAUGACCUGUAAGUUCCCACGAUGCCCAUGGAUAUGUCAACGCGUAAAGUUGGUGACUCGGUGGAAGAGGAAGUACAGAGUGGACUCAGGACUCAGCGAGUUGAUAACUCUGUUCUUUUCCAACAAAACUCAAAUGGGUUUAUGACCCAGAACUUCUCUAGCUCGAUCGACCCGUAUGGAUUCCGGUACCCGACUCAGCCCGGUAGGUUUGGGUUUAGGCAAUAAAGAAUAGA